AUUUUUUCCCAUCGUCAUCGGUUGUUCUCGCGGCGGCGGAACCAAUGUUUCCACCCGGUCCUGUGUUUCCGCACGGAUCUUUAUUCACGUCGGACCGCGCGCACACAUGUGUAAACAUGAAGCUGGGCAACUUGUGGAAAGGUUAACGUCAACAUCCCCGACGUGCUGGUGUUAGCAAAUCCUCUCGUCGACGUGUAUAUAAUAUUUAAACGACUAAAUCGCGCUUUUACACACGCUAAUCCGAGAUGGCGGCGUCGGAGCAACACGACGGCGACGACGGCAUGGACGCGUUCAUGGACAACUUCAAGAUCCGCAACUAUAAAAACGCCUUAAGUGAAGACAACUGGCAGGAGGAGUUUGAUAAAAUCCCGAUGUUCAUGAAGGAAGCCCCUGAGGAGAUCGACCCGCAGCAGUACCCGGAGCUGGCCUGUCUGCAGGCCCUCAUCCACGACCAGGACAGGCCCCCGGCAGAGCAAGCUAAGAGCCUGAAGGACGAGGGGAAUGCGUUCUUCCAGGAGAAGAACUACAAGAAGGCCAUAACGUCCUACACUGAAGGGUUGAAGAAGAAAUGUGGAGACCAGGAGCUGGACACAGUCCUCCUCACCAACCGGGCAGCAGCACACUUUCACCUGGGUAACAUGCGAUCUGCGUUGAACGAUGCUGCAGCUGCAAAGAAGAUCAAACCAGACCACCUGAAAGCCUUAACCAGAGGCGCUCAGAGUUGCAUGGAGCUGCGUAACUUUGCGGAGGCCGUCCAGUGGUGUGACGAGGGGCUCCAGCGUCAUCCCACCGACAAGAAGCUGCAGGAGCUGAGAGCAGCAGCCGAUAAACACAAGAGAGCAACAGAGAGAGACGCCAGGAAGGCCAAGAUCAAAGAGAAGAAGCUGCAUGCGGAGAGAGAAGCUCUUCUGGCUGCUAUAAAGGAUCGAGGCAUCAAGCUCUUCCGGCCCGCGGAGCCUCGGCGCAGGUCGGAGGAGGAGGAAGAGGAGGGUGGCGUUGGCUCUUCGGCCGCCACGCUGCAGCUGGACGGCGUGGGCUCCCAGGAGGCCACGGGGGCCCAGGUGUUCCUGGACGAGCGGCGCUCGCUGCACUGGCCCGUCCUCCUCCUCUACCCCGAGCACCAGCAGACCGACUUCAUCUCGGCGUUCUCCGAGAACAGCUGCUUCUCAGAUCACCUGGCCGUCAUGUUCGGGGAAGAACUUCCGCCGUGGGACGCGGACAGGAAGUACCUCUCGGAGAAUUUGCAGCUGUACUUUGAAGACGAGGAGAAGGAAACCUUCUACCAGGUGAACCCGGAGACGUCGCUGCUCAAAGUGCUGCAGCAUAAAAGGUUCUUCGUGAAGUCGGGUUCUCCCAGCUUCAUCGUUCUCGUUCGCAGUUCUUCGUUCUGGACGCAGUUUCUAAUGGGAAAGAAAAUACGAGGGUUGUAAAAAAUAUAUAUAUAUUUAGUAUUUAAUAACUCCAGCGGACUGUUUGACAUAAGGGAAGAUACGCACGUCUCUUGUUGUUUGACGUCAAAUAAGAAAUGAAUAUAAAACUAAAUAAAAUGUAAUACAUGUGGAA